AAGAACUCCCCGUCUUGCUACACACAGACACCCACACUCUCUCACCCAGCCAGCCUCUAGCUCGUCCCAUGGUGGGGUUCCUCCGCAAGAAGAAGUCGGACCGCGUGAUGCUCUCGGGCGACACGGUGCUGGACCGCAAGGGCAAGGUGGACGGCGCCAGCCUGCUCGACGGCGACGGAGAGCCCACGGAGAGCUCGCUCUACGACAUGAACGCCAAGCGCAACGGUCACAGCAACAACCAGCGCAACUCGGACGAGGAGAACCGCCCCAACCCCGUGAACAACGGCAACAACGCUGGCUACCCGCCGGUUAUGGCCACGGGCAUGUACCCGCCGCAGCACUCGGCCUACGGCCAGCAGCAGCAGCAGCCGGGUGCCUAUGGCUACGGCAACAACCAGCCCCAGCAGCAGCAGCAGUAUGGUCAACCGCAGCAGUACGGCCAGCCUCAGCAACAGUACGGCCAGCCCCAGCAGCAGUACGGCCAGCCCCAGCAGCAGUAUGGCCAACCCCAGCAGCAGUAUGGCCAACCCCAGCAGCAGCAAGGCUUCGGCCAGCAGCAGUACCCGCCCACGACACUGGGCGGCCAGUACCAGUACCCAGUUCGAUACGGCCAGAUGCCUCCCCCCAUGCCUGCAGCAGCGCCCAAGCGUUCACGGUUCCGCAUCCCCGGCAUGGGCAAGAAGAACUAAUUCGACUGGACGCGUGGCUCCAUGGGUGUUUAGCCGCGCGCGCACUCGCUGGGAUGGAGACAAGCGAGCGGACGAUGAUCAAGUAUUGUGGUCUCUCUUUCCAGGCGAGUGUAGAGCCUCGUGGUGUAAUCUGUUGCGUGCCGGGGGAGGGAGACCGGAUCCGCCCGCGUUUGGACCGCGUUGCGAUAGCUUCCCGAGUAGUCUAGCUGUAGCCUAACCUUCCUCUUCCUUUCAUUGCUAAAUAAAUUAAGGACUUCGAAUGUCACCG